AUGGAGAAAACAGAAGCAGAAACAUUCAAAUAACCUUUGAUUAAUGAAACCAGCCAAUAGUUUAGUGUCAAAUCAAAACAAACAAGAAAAAACUCUUAACUAUCAAUUUUGACUGAGCAUUCAAAAAUGGACACUCAUUUAUAUGAGAUACCAGAUUUAACUUAGAUAACUUAGAAGGUACUUUGUCGUUUGAUCGUUGUUUCAGUGGUUUGUAUAAUAUUCCUGGUGGCUGAAGUCAUUGGAGGUAUGUGGGCUUAGUCAUUGGCAAUCCUAUCAGAUGCAGCUCAUAUGUUUUCAGAUAUGAGUGGCUUUUUCAUAUCCAUAUUCUCCAUCUGGCUAGGACAGAGACCAGCUUCAUAAAAGAUGUCAUUCGGAUACCACAGAGCUGAAGUAAUCGGAGCGUUGGGUAGUAUCAUAUUGAUAUGGGGGUUGACAAUCCUAUUAUUCUACGAGGCCACGGUUCGAGUGAUUGAGGAGGCCAUAGUUACUGACCCAUUAAUAAUGUUGAUUACAGCAGGAUUUGGAUUAUUUUGUAAUUUGGUUAUGGCAAAAGUGUUGCACUCUUCUCCCACAGGAGGACAUGAUCACGGAAACAUUAUGCAUCAAUGUAGUGGACAUAAUCAUGGUCAUGGUCAUGAUCAUGGCCAUAAUCACAAUCAUGAUCAUAGUCACGGGUCUGAUGAUGGUCACUCUCAUGACAAAUAGAAAUAGCAGCAACAGAAGAAGAAGAAAAAGCUUAAUAUCAAAUAAAAGAGACAACAAGUUAGUGAGAAUGGAAUCAGCAUGUUGGUUGUGGAGCAAAGCAUUGAAUCAGAAUCUAGUGAAUAGAAUUUAACUAUCAAAGAAGAAAGCGAAAGUUCUUCUAGUUGUACAAGCAAUUAAUAAUAAGAUCUUGCAUAAAAGUAAAAAUAAUAAUCUCGUGAACACAAUCAUUCAGAAAAUUGUGGUCAUGAUCAUCAAUAAAUUACUAUUACACCAGAUGUCGAUAAUAAAAAGGUUCAGAAAUCAUAAAAGAAGAAGGUUACAAAGGAAGAUGAUCAUAGUGGUUGUCAUGGAAAAGAACAUAAUCAUGAACAAGAUCAUAAGCAUGAACAUGAACAUAAUCAUGAACAUAAUCAUGAACAUAAACAUGAUCAUAACAAUAAAUCAAAAAAAAAUAAAUUAAAAAGUAAAAACCUAACUGAAAUUAAUGAACAUGAUAACUAUAACCUUAAAGCUGCUAUGAUACAUGUUAUAGGUGAUAUUUUAUAAUCAAUUGGAGUAUUAAUUGCUGCCGUUUUGAUAUACUUAUUUGGAUAAAAGAAAGAUGAAAAUAAUCAAAUUGUUUUUACUUAUUGGCAAUAUGCUGAUCCUUUAUGCACAUAUCUUUUUAGCAUUCUUGUUCUCUUCACAACCUUUGGAGUUGCAAAAGAAUGCUUAAGAGUUCUAAUGGAAGGUACCCCAUAAAAUCUAAUAAUUGAAGAAUUUAAUGAUUAAUUAAAAGCUAUUCACAGAGUUAAAGAAGUACAUGAUUUACAUAUAUGGUCCCUUUCAGUAGGAAAGCCAGCAAUGUCUGCACAUAUAGUAUGUAUUGAAAAUCCAGAAUAUGUCCUCAGAAAAGCCACUAAAUUAUGCAGAUAAUUCGGAAUCUAUCAUUCUACCAUAUAGAUUGAGCUAUAUGACCGAUAGGGAGCAAACGAUUACAUUAGGUGUAAUCACAAUAUCCAUAAAUGA